AUGCGCCGAUGCUUACAUGCCGGAUUCCGUCAAGGCAUCAAGUCUUUGCUCGAAAUGCUUGUGACUUCUGACCUAAUCACGUACCCAACAGAAGACCUCCCAGAAAUUCGAUGGCAAAAUAAGGCAUCUCAGCCGAUAUUCGUUCACUCAUCCAACUACGAACAGGUUCUUCAUAACAGUGGCAAUGCUGCGACGGAUCAUUCGACGGCUAGCUGCGAACUUUGCAAGCUAUUCAUCAAAACUCUCCGGCCUCUGGAUGCUCCAGAAGAGGGACCAUCUGUAUCUGUUGAAGUUUCGUGGCAUGAAAGCUACCACUUUGUUGUCAGACGUGCCGAUUAUAGCGGUGGCCGUGAGAUCGUAAUAGACGAAUCAUGGGAGGACUGCGUGCCGCGAAAGAAGUCUCUAGCCCAUCCAGAUUCGUCUUCAGAUAUUCUCCGGAAGUUGCUGCAGCACCCACAAUAA